AUGCAUGUAGAAGUUAUUGUUCUUGGAUUGCUGCUCACAGUUAACUUAUCUGUUGCGGAGUUUGAAGUCUUAAGGAACCAAUGCAUGAGGACAGGAAUGUUUCAAGUAUCAGAAAAAGGCAAGGAUACCUCUUCCUUAUUAUUGUGUAUUUGGAAUUUGCGAUAUGAUUUUGAAAAGGAUAUAGAAAAUCCAAUGACGCGGUAGUUCUUGCGAAGAAAGUAAAUGUUUCGUUGGCUGAAUUAUUUAUUCGCUAAGUGGGAUUUCAAGGCUUUUUUCUGUGUUGUUAGAUGUUCGAUUUCCACUGCUGAUGACAAAUUGAUGCCAAUAUUAUGGGGGGAGAAAUAAUAGCUCAUCAGAAAGAGUCGUCCUUCAUAAAGUGUUCUCACAUUGACAUAACUCAAUAAUAACCGUCAAAUUUUUUUUUCAGGGCAAUUUUCAAGCUAAAUGCUUUUGUAUUAUACAUGAUUUUGAAUUUUAUGAAAUAUCGUAUAUUAACUUCACCAAUUGUAUUUUGUAAAUAUUCUUGAAUUGUGAAUAAUAACCGUCAAACUUGCUAAUAAAAUAGUCGCACUUUGUAAUAAUAGACUAUCGCACUUUGUAACAAACUCGGUAUAGAUGGUCGGAAGACCCGAUGAUAGCUGUCGUCAAUGUAAAUAAUCAUGAUAAUAACAGUAAUAUUAAUAAUAAUAAUAAUAAUAAUAAUAAUAGUAAUAAUAGGCUUAAUCAGUUUGAUUUGCGAAGUGUAUAAUCCUUAUCCUAUUCGCGAGUCGUUGCCUCUCGAGGCGUGAAGGUUGAAGUUAUCACGCGAAACCGGAGAUCUUUACGGGCCUUGCUAUUCUUAAUAUCUUAAUAUUUUGUGUAUACUGUCAACUUUCGCCAUUAUGGACACAACUGUACUUCCCCUAAAAGAUGUUUAAGUCGGAACGGCACAGUCGUCGUGGAGGGACACAUUAUUAUAACUGUCAUUAUAUCUGUGAUAUCAUCAUUUUUGUUCUCAUUAGUAUCAACAUAAAUACUGUAUCACUUGACUGUCACUAUUAUCAUCAACAGUAUCAUUUUAGUUAUCAUUUAAUUAAUCAUUACAAUAGUUAUUAUUACUCAGCUUAUAUUAUAGACGUUAUAAUUAUUAAUAUUAUUGUUAUUAUAAACAAUUAUUGGAAGAGGUUUUUGUGAUAUCCAGAAUAAUUAAGUGAUCAAAUAAGUUAGCAGAAAAGAUCCAUAUAUUUAAAACCUAUUCAAAUUAUCUCAAUUUAUUAGAUAUAUAAUUUUUCUUCUGUUGCUUUUCUUUGCCUCUUAACAGAUAGAGCUCUAAUAGGAUACAAAAUGGAUACGUAAGUAUAUGAAUGCAAAUCAUAAGGUGGCGACAAACUUUUGUGUGUGUGUGCAUGUGACUGUCGCCGGAAAUCAGAUCCUUCAAUCUCUGAAAGGACAUAAAUUUCAAAUAAUUUUAUUUCACUUCUUGAUUACACGAACAUCAGUUACAUACUGAUAUUUAACAUUUCUGAAAAAUCAGGCACCAAGUUCAUGAUGAGAUCGACUGCGGUAGAUGGUGUUUAAGUCGCGAUGGCUGUAAAUCGUACAAUUACCAGUACGAAGUUAAUCACACACAGCGACACACUUGUGAGAUCAGCUCACAUACCAAAGAAGCCAAGCCAGAGGCCUUUAGGAUGAAAGUGGGUUUUCAAUAUUAUGGAUUUCCACAAGCACAGAAGGUGAUGUAUUAACAAUUUGAUUUCGUAUGGUUAUUUCACGAAUAAGAUAGUCUUUUUAGUUCCGUUUUUUAAAUCGGUAAAGCUUGUUCCCUGUAUUAAAAUGGGGUGAAAAAAGUAGUAUCCAUUCAAUAGAAUCCGCUCUUAUCAACAUUUUGCAUCUCUACUACCUGAGGGUGGAACUGCCGUUGCGACGAACGAAAAAGGUUCGAAUAACUUUUGCAGCCUAAACAGCAUAUAUAACAAUCCCAGAAAUUUCGACAGUAAGAAGCUAAGGUUAAAAUGAAAAAAUGGAGUAAGUUUUGAAAGAAACUAUGGUGCUGAGUUGGUGGGGUAUAUACUCAACUGAGUGGUUAAUACAAAUCGACAUCCGUAAAGAGUUUCUAAAGUGACGUUUUGAACGUUCGCCCUUCGUCAGGGUAUUAAUAUGGCAUUGGGCUUUCCUCUAAUAAAACUAUGCUAAAACAAAGUGUAAAAUAGUUGAUUGCUAUUUUACUUAACAGAAUGCAAGGAAUACUGAAAAUAAAGGACAUGCUCGCAGUUUCCCACGAAAUACGCUAUGGUAUUUAGUGAAUUUAGAAAAGUACUCAACUAUAUUACCUCCCACAGAAGCCUAUAGGGUGUGCAAAGUACGCCUGUUAUAACGGCGGGACAUGCGUGGACACGUGUCAUGGAGACAUGUUUCACUGUCAGUGUACAAACUUGUUCCGCGGUAAACAAUGUGAAAGGCCGAAAGGUACGAUAUCUAUUGUUCGUAUUAAUUAUUGCCGAAAAUAACGAACAGAAAGCAAUGGACCAACUACUCUAACAUAUUACGGUGAUGUUAGCAUUAACUGUUAUUGUUUUUUGUUUUGUUGGUUUUUUUUUUCGCGUAAAUAUGCAAGGCAUUUCAUUUGGCGAUGUUGAGUCUACCUCCUGGAGUAGUCAGCUAUUCACGCAAAUCAGCAUUAUCACUCUUCGCCUAAUAGCAGUAUCCCACCCAACAAAUUGGGAAAGGAAAACCUAGGGAACCUUUCAUCAAACCGAAGGCACACUGAAACGUUUGAGUUUUAACUAUCCAUUGAACACUAACACGAAGAAAUAACAGUUUUUAAAAAAGCUGAUAAUUAGCUCGAAAUUCCAUAUUUGGCAAUUUGCUUGCAAGAAUGCAAGAAAAACAGUGAAUAAUCGGAGAGUGAAGCAAAACUUUAAUAGUGUCAAGCCUUUUUCCUAGCUUUGUUCUUGCGGUUCUUAGCUACCUUCAUGAUUUUAAUUAUAUUCCACAGCUCGCAACUGCAAGGAAUUGUAUGACCUUGGUGUACCAUCGACCGGUGCUCAGCGAGUGGCACCGGAUGAUCAAGCAUUUGGAAUAUCAGUUUACUGUGAUCAAACUACAGAUGGUGGAGGAUGGCUUGUUGUGCAGAGACGUAACAGUCCAUUUGGCGUGUUAUUCUCCAAGAACUGGUCGGAUUACGAAACAGGCUUUGGAUCUCUGUCUGGCUCAUUCUGGAUUGGAAAUCGAUACUUGUCACGCCUAACAACAAUCCCUGUACAGCUGCGAAUAGAGCUCAAGGCAAGCGCAGGCGCGCAAGGUUAUGCCGUUUAUGAGAACUUUUCAAUAUCUGGCCCACGUGAUAAUUACCGCCUCAGCGUAGGGAGGAACAUAACAGGGACAAUAGGCAACGCAAUCAACGGUGACAGCAACAUGGCACUUGUAGAAGAUGGCAUGCAAUUUUCAACUGGUGACAGAGACAAUGAUGGCAAUUUUCUGGCAAACUGUGCCGUUAUAAGCAGUCUGUCUGGCUGGUGGCUCAACAACUGUGGUCGUGCUAAUUUGAAUUCUAAUCCACCCCAGUGGGAUGAGUGGAAAUUUUACGACACUUCAAUCAACUAUACCGAGAUGAAAAUUCGCCCCAUGAAGCAACCAUUUUCUGUGACAUAG